GGCAUAAAAGUCGUUGUAACAAAUGGGCUCUCUCCAAAUUUCCAUACAAAUCAUUCCAUCACUUUGUGCAAUGGCGACCAAGCAGGCUAUCGUUUUGGAGCUAACUACGCCGGCCACAAGAAGGUGUCAGAAAAUGAGGCAUAUCCUGUUCUUCAGGGUGAAGUUCAACCGAAUGGUCAGGUGCAAGCACAAAUAGUCCACCAGUUUGCCCCAUCUCUUCGUAUGCAAUACAUGACUCAACUACAGAAGUCGAAGAUGAGUGCCCAACAAAUUGCGGCAGACUUUAGGCAGGGUAAUUGGCAGACAAAUUUGACUGUUAUAAAUCCUGACCUUCAGCGCCGACAAGUCAUGACUGCACUGGGAACUAUGUGCCAGGUGACUCGACGAUUUGCCCUUGGUAGCAUGUUCUUCUACCAUCGUUCUCCCCAACUUCCAGCUGGGCAGGAUGGAACUUGGAGCAUUGGAGGUAAGUACUCUGGCUCCAAAUGGACAGCUGCCGCGUCUUUGAGGCCGUUUCAUCUUGGUCUUCAUUCCAGCUUUCACAUGCGCUAUGAUGAGACCUUGCAAUUCGCUGCUGAGUUGGAGUCUAAUUUCCAACAGCAAAAUAACACUGCAACCAUUGGCUAUCAGUUUGAUUUCCCUAAAGGCGCUGCUUCUGUAAAGGCGCAGAUCGAUUCCAAUUGGAAUAUUGCUGCAUCGUUGGAGAAAAAGAUGUUUCCUUUCACUUUUACUCUUUGCGCCAUGGGAAAUCAAUCUGCCGAACGAUAUGCUGUUGGAUUUGGUCUCUCUUUGCUUGUGUAG